AUAAUGAGCGCUUCGAUGAACAACCUCAGAGGAGACGUCUACAUUCUAAAUGAGACAUCAAAACCGGAUCUGAACCCCUUCCAACGUGAAGCAUUACUGGGACCUAAAGGCGAGCGUUUCCGGAAAGCUGCAGAAGAAACGACUGCAAAGAUGGCAUCGAAAUCAACAGGACCGCCUGGCGGAGGCAGAGGCGGCGGUGGAGGAGGUAGAGGCAGAGGAGGAGGCGGCGGUGCUGCUGGUGGAGGAGGCAGAGGCGGCGGUGCUGCUGGUGGAGGAGGCAGAGGCGGCGGCGGCGGUGCUGGUGGAAGCGGUGGUGGGGGAAGUUUAACGUCGAGCCUGUCCGCGGCUGGGGCGGCGUCAGCCCUGACCGGGACGCUCAAAAAAAAGAAGAAGCCCUUUCUGGGCAUGCCAGCACCGCUGGGAUAUGUGCCUGGGCUCGGCAGAGGUGCUACUGGUUUCACCACGCGUUCUGAUAUCGGUCCUGCCCGAGAUGCCAACGACCCGGUGGAUGAUCGCCAUGCUCCUCCAGGGAAGAGGACCGUGGGGGAUCAGAUGAAGAAGGUGGAGGACGAAGAGGAGGAUCUCAAUGACACCAACUAUGAUGAGUUUAACGGCUACGCUGGCAGCUUGUUUUCAAGCGGUCCGUAUGAGAAAGAUGAUGAAGAGGCAGAUGCUAUUUAUUCAGCGCUUGAUAAGAGAAUGGAUGAAAGGAGAAAAGAAAGAAGGGAACUGAGAGAGAAGGAGGAAAUCGAGAAGUACCGUAUGGAGCGUCCCAAAAUUCAACAGCAGUUUUCCGAUCUGAAGAGGAAGCUGUCCGAGGUCACCGAGGAAGAGUGGCUCAGUAUUCCUGAAGUUGGCGAUGCCCGAAACAAGCGGCAGAGGAACCCACGCCAUGAAAAACUGACUCCUGUACCAGACAGCUUCUUCGCCAAACACUUGCAGUCUGGAGAAAAAAACACAUCUGUAGAUCCGAGGCAAGCGCAAUUUGAUAGUUUGAGCGCUUUCCCUGGUGGUUUGAAUUCUCCUUUUCCGGGGGGAUUGACCCCUGGACUGAUGACCCCAGGGACAGGGGAGCUGGACAUGAGGAAGAUCGGCCAGGCCAGGAAUACCUUGAUGGACAUGCGGCUCAGUCAGGUGUCUGAUUCGGUCAGCGGGCAGACAGUUGUGGACCCCAAGGGUUACUUGACUGAUCUCAACUCUAUGAUCCCAACUCACGGAGGGGAUAUUAAUGAUAUUAAGAAGGCCAGGCUGCUGCUGAAGUCUGUGCGUGAAACGAACCCACACCACCCCCCUGCCUGGAUCGCCUCGGCUCGACUGGAGGAGGUCACAGGCAAACUGCAGGUCGCCAGGAACCUCAUAAUGAAGGGCACAGAGAUGUGCCCAAAGAGUGAAGACGUGUGGCUGGAAGCAGCCCGUUUGCAGCCCGGGGACACGGCGAAGGCUGUGGUGGCCCAGGCUGUCCGGCACCUUCCUCAGUCUGUCCGGAUUUACAUCCGAGCAGCCGAGCUCGAGACAGACAUCCGGGCCAAGAAACGUGUCCUCCGGAAAGCCCUCGAGAAUGUUUCUAAGUCAGUGCUUCUCUGGAAAGCGGCUGUUGAACUGGAGGAGCCCGAAGAUGCCAGGAUUAUGCUCAGCAGGGCUGUAGAGUGCUGUCCAACCAGUGUUGAGCUUUGGCUGGCCCUCGCCAGACUGGAGACCUAUGAGAACGCCAGGAGGGUGUUGAACAAAGCUCGUGAAAACAUUCCCACUGACCGUCACAUCUGGAUCACUGCCGCCAAGCUGGAGGAAGCCAAUGGCAACACUCAGAUGGUGGAGAAGAUCAUUGACAGAGCUAUCACCUCUCUCCGGGCCAAUGGAGUCGAGAUCAACAGGGAGCAGUGGAUUCAGGAUGCAGAGGAGUGCGAUAAGGCUGGCAGCGUGGCAACUUGUCAGGCUGUCAUCAGAGCCGUGAUCGGCAUCGGGAUUGAAGAGGAGGACUGUAAGCACACCUGGAUGGAAGACGCAGAAAGUUGCAUUUCCCAUGGUGCCGUGGAGUGCGCACGAGCCAUUUAUGCCCACGCUCUUCAGGUCUUCCCCAGCAAAAAGAGUGUGUGGCUGAGAGCAGCGUACUUUGAGAAGAACCACGGAACCCGGGAGUCUUUGGAGGCACUGUUACAGAGGGCUGUGGCUCACUGCCCGAAGGCUGAGGUCCUGUGGCUGAUGGGUGCAAAGUCAAAGUGGCAAGCAGGUGAUGUCCCUGCAGCCAGAAGCAUUUUGGCACUGGCUUUUCAGGCAAAUCCGAACAGUGAGGAAAUUUGGUUGGCUGCUGUGAAGCUCGAGUCUGAAAACAAUGAAUAUGAAAGAGCAAGAAGGCUUUUGGCAAAAGCCAGGAGCAGCGCCCCCACUGCAAGGGUGUUUAUGAAGUCUGUGAAGCUAGAGUGGGUGUUGGGAAAUAUUGCUGCAGCCCAGGAGCUUUGCUGUGAGGCUUUGAAACAUUAUGAAGACUUCCCUAAGCUGUGGAUGAUGAAGGGGCAGAUCGAGGAGCAGAUUGAAAACAUGGACAAGGCUCGAGAGGCUUACAACCAGGGGCUGAAGAAGUGCCCGCAGUCCAUGCCUCUCUGGCUGCUGCUGUCCAGUCUGGAAGAGAAAGCCGGGCAGCUUACCAGAGCCAGAGCCAUCCUGGAGAAAUCCCGUCUGAAAAACCCCCAGAACCCAGAGCUCUGGCUGGAGUCUGUAAGGCUGGAAUACAAAGCUGGUCUCAAGAACAUUGCGAACACACUGAUGGCCAAGGCACUCCAAGAAUGUCCCAACUCUGGAAUUCUUUGGGCUGAAGCAGUUUUCCUUGAAGCUAGACCACAAAGAAAGACGAAGAGUGUAGACGCUUUAAAGAAAUGUGAACAUGAUCCCCAUGUCUUGCUGGCAGUUGCAAAGUUGUUCUGGAGUGAACGAAAGAUAACCAAAGCCAGAGAGUGGUUUCACAGGACAGUUAAAAUUGAACCCGAUUUGGGAGAUGCCUGGGCUUUCUUUUACAAGUUUGAAUUGCAACAUGGAACGGAGGAGCAGCAGGGCGAGGUGAUGAAGCGCUGUGAGAACGUGGAGCCGCGGCACGGGGAGCUCUGGUGUGAGCAGUCCAAGCACAUCCUCAACUGGCAGAAGAAGAUCGGAGAGAUCCUCGUCCUCGUCGCUGCAAAAAUCAAAAACACAUUCUGAACAGCACGCUAAACAUACAUUAUUUUUAUACUUUAUUUACCCUUGCACAGCUAAGAUAGAGCAUGCUCAGGCUUUAAAGGUAAUGAGCGUUGUGUUUGUGUUUUUUGUGUUUUUUAUAGCGAUGAUUUCAAGUCAACCCCCCGACCCUUAAUACAAGUGACGAUUCAUUUUGGAUUAAAAAAAAAAUAUCGUUUUAAAAUGUGUGCCUUUUUUUUGUGUAGUCCAUCAUAUUGCUUUUUCUUCUUUAGAUUUAAGGUCAGUUCACUUACUGGUGGCCACGAACAGAAAUGUGAUUUAAAAAGGACGUACAUUUUUAGGUUUGUUCUGUAUAGUUAAGAUUCUUGUAAAAUUUAAAAUAUACAAAUUCAUUGCUACAGUAUUCUGUUUGGAACUAAAGAUGUAUUAAAUUCUUAAUUGUGUGCCGCACGAGAGUUUCUUUUUACAUAAAGAAGCUUGUUACUUAUCUCAUGGUGUUUUUUUUUUGUUUUUUGUUUUUUUUAAGAUAUUGCUAACCUGUAAGUUUCAGUUGUGCCCAAUUUAAUGGUAAAUGUUAACAAACUAGGCUGUCAACAUGUUCUGCUUUUAUAUGGCUAUAGAAAAAGAGUAGUAAUCUGAAGUUCAGUGGAGUGUAAAAAUUGGACAUGAUUUCUGGACACUGCAGCUUUAAGGUCAGAAACUGCCUACUGGUGUAAAAUAAUACAUUAACGUACAGGUGAUGUUUGCUUUUCCUCGUAUGUGCAUAAAUACAAUAUUUACAAACUGCAGUUCAUCAAACUAUUGUCUGAGAGUUGGUACACUUUGGCAUAACAAUAAUGACAAAUAAAUAAAAAUGCCUGCCUUUAA